UCGGUGGUGUGCUCGCAGGCGGCACGGGCGUGGUGGCUGGCGCACGAGGCAGAGGCACGCGCCCUCGCCUCGCGCCUGGCCGGCGCCGCGGCGGCGCUGCGGCGGGCGACCGGGGACGCGCGGUGCGCGGAUCGGUGCGAGCGGUUGUCCGCGGCGAUCGCGGCGGUGUACGCAAGAUGA